GCGCGCGAGGCCCGUUGGGAGCGCGUGGUGCUGAGCGGCCGCGCUGGGCUGGGGUCGGGCCCGCCAUGGAGCCCCAGGCACUCGUUCAGUGUCCCUACGACAGGAGCCACCAAGUCCGGGUUUCCCGCCUGCCCUACCACCUCGUCAAGUGCCAGCGGAACAACCCGCAGGUGGCCCGCAAGCUGGCCACCUGCCCCUUCAACGCCAGCCACAGGGUGCCCCAUGGCAAGCUGCAGAGACACAUCGCCUCCUGCCCCGACCAACGCCAGCCCGACCUCCCUCACGGGAUGGAAACACACCUCAGCUACAGGAUGAAGCAACCAGAGGUCCUCGCAGCCUGGCAGGACCCCCUGUCCCAGGAGGACUGGGAGGCUGAGCUGGAGGACCUGGAGGACCCCUCACCAUUCAUCCUCAAUGUCAGGACGAAUGACCUGUGCCUCCCGUGUGACAGCUCGGCCCCGGCAGCACCCACAAGCCAGAACCGAGACAGAGGAGCUGCAGGAGUCCCUGCGGCAGGUGCAAAGUGGCAGGCACAGGAGUGACCACCAACGGUAGCAGCAGGACCAGGGUAGUGCCCAUCUGUCCCCCAGAACCAGGGGGACCACGGUGCCAGGGGGGCAGUGCCCCCUCAGCUGAGGUUGCGAGGGUGAUUCUACCCACAGGUUUUAAAUGCGUGUUGCAAAUAAGCUGCUUGCAAGUGUG